UUUCUUUUAAAUCUAAAAUUAACAGUGAUUGUGACGUCACGGUAACUAAGGCUUUUAAUUAUAUCUUCCUGUAACCUUUGCGUAUAUAAGUUGUCUGUCCCCAGAUAGGUGCACUAGACGAGCCGUAAGAGACCGGAACGAGACCGAACCUAAGAGAUCCCACAUCAAGAUGAACCGUCUACUCACUAUCGCACUAGCCUGCUGCAUUAUGUCUGCGGCUUUUGCUCAAAUGCCGAUGGGAAUGGGCCCAAUGGGCGGAGGUAUGGGAGGUAUGGGCGCCCUCUUGCCUUUGAUGAUGCGAGGGGGUGGUGGUGAGGCAGGCAUGAUAAGCAUGCUUCUGAUGUCCAUGUUGGGUCAAGGUGGUGCAGCUGGUGGUGCUGGCGGUGCCUCCAGCCUCAUGCCACUCCUGAUGAUGAUGCGCGGCGGUGGCACCAGCGAAAUGAUGCUCCCACUCAUGAUGAUGAUGAACCAGGGCGGCGGCGGCGCCAACGGGAUGAUGAGCAACCCCCUCAUGUUGAUGAUGAUGAGUGGAGGUGGCGACGCCAUGGCCAAAUUUUUACCCUUGAUGAUGAUGCAACAGGGAGCAGGAGCCGGAGCUGGCGCUGCAGCCGGAGGAGAAGCCCCAGCCGGUGGCAUGGGAGGAAUGGGCGCCAUGGGUAUGCCCCUCAUGCUCAGCUCGAUGGCUGCAUAAGCACACGCAACUUUUAGAGUAGACUUUAAAAUGUCCCGUCCUCCCCCUCCCCCACUCCCCACUUCAUCUCCCUUCUCAAUGAAAGAGCCAUUCCCACACAGCAAGGUUGCUCAUCUAGAUGUCAAGAACAAACCAUCGUAAGAUCUCAGCUGCACCACCAGGCGGUCUCACGUAAGCAACUUGAGAAGUUAUUUGUCUACAAAUAAAAGAGACGACUCGUUCUAUUCUAGAAAAAAAUCUUUAAAAUUAAAAUCGGCAUUGCAUUACAACAGUUCAUUUGUUUGCAACGUUUGGACCAGAAAACAUAGAUGUAUGCUGUUUUCUUAAUUUAACUAUUAUUGUUAGUUGUUGUUAUUUUUUAUUUUUUAUUAUUAUUAUUAUUAUUAUCAAUGUUAUUGUUUUUAUAUUAAUUCUAAAAAAAAAUAAUAAAUUGUGAUUAAAGAGAGAUUAUCGACAUGA